UAGAGGAUGAUUAUUUUCGUACAUGGAGUCCGGGUAAACCAUUUGAUCAAGCUUUAGAUCCGGCUAAAGAUCCAUGUUUGAAGAUGAAAUGUAGUCGCCAUAAAGUCUGUGUUGCACAGGAUCAACAAACUGCUGUUUGCAUUAGUCACCGAAGGCUUACUCACAGUAUGAAAGAGGCUGGUUUAGGCCAUAAACAGUGGAGGGGUGGUCCCAUUUCAUCAAACUGCAAGCAGUGUCCAGUAGUUUAUACCAAUCCUGUUUGUGGAUCAGAUGGUCACACAUACUCAUCUCAGUGCAAAUUAGAGUAUCAAGCCUGUGUCUCAGGAAAACAAAUCUCAGUGAAAUGUGAAGGACGUUGCCCUUGCCCUUUUGACAAAUCCACAAAUGCAGCCAGAAGUGAUAGGAGAGUGUGCAGUGAUCUGGAAUUCAGGGAAGUAGCAAACAGAUUGAGAGACUGGUUUAAGGCACUUCACGAAAGUGGAAUUCAGAAUAAGAAGACUAGGAUUGUUCAAAGGCCUGAAAGAACCAGAUUUGAUACCAGCAUUUUGCCAAUUUGCAAAGACUCCCUUGGCUGGAUGUUUAAUAGGCUUGAUACGAACUAUGACCUGCUACUGGACCAGUCGGAACUUGGAAGCAUUUACCUUGACAAGAAUGAGCCGUGCACCAGGGCGUUCUUCAAUUCUUGUGACACAUACAAAGACAGUUUGAUAUCUAACAAUGAGUGGUGCUACUGCUUCCAAAGACAGCAAGACCCACCUUGCCAGACAGAACUCAGCAACAUUCAGAAGCAGCACGGAGGAAAGAAGCUCCUAGGGCAGUACAUCCCCUUCUGUGAUGAAGAUGGGUAUUAUAAACCAAGUCAGUGCCAUGGAAGCAUAGGGCAGUGCUGGUGUGUUGACAGAUAUGGUAAUGAGGUAACAGGAUCCAGAACAAAUGGUGCAGCAGAAUGUGCUGUCGAUUUAGAGACUUCAGGUGAUUUUGCCUCUGGUGAUUUCCAUGAAUGGACAGAUGAUGAAGACGAUGAAGAUGAAAUAAUGAAUGAUGAAGAGGAAAUUGAAGAUGAUGAUGAAGACGAAGGAGAUGAUGAUGUUGAUGAUGACGAUGAUCAUGAUGGGUAUAUUUGAUUAUAUUAGGGGGUCAAUGUAUUGUACCUUUCUAAGUUUCUCGAGAUGACAUUUCAUAAAAUCCCUUUGCUCUCUGUGAUCAAAAGGGUUCUAACAAAUAUGUAUAUUUUGUAUGAUUAUUUCAAAUAUUGCAGCUGGAGUCAUAGACUUUUUUGUUUAAAUAAGAAUAAUUAUAUUAUGUGCUUUUGAGUUUUUAAAUGCCGUUACGCUGAAGAAAACAUAUUGGAAGUCUAGCCUGAAGAAUAAAAUGUUAUGUGCUACUGGAAAUAUAAAUGUGCAAAACACAGUAUAAAGACAACCAUUCUCUUUAAAACUCUGGUGAAAAAAUAUUUGCCCUUACUUGGAACUGUGCAUGUCCUCUUCAGAGCACAUACCAUAAUUCAGCUUAAGUUCUAUCAGUGUUUUAGGCCUUGAAGUCUUUGCAGGUUGUCCAUGUUAUAAAUCAGAAGUGUGUUGCAGUAGAAAAGUCUUGAUGCACAAGUAGCAUCUCACCAGCCUUUAAUUAAUCAAACGUACAGAGAAAAAUUAUCAGGAGGGAAGACUAAAACGAAGUCCUCCAUUGGGUUUGCAUUUGUAGUUACAUUUUUUUAUGAAAUGGCUAGAUUACUGAAAGGAUUUUUCAAAAGCAGUAGCACGGACAAGCAUCAAUUCUGUAAUUCUACAGUUUUCUUGCCCUUUUUUUUUCUUUUUUUCAUGUCAAGACAGUAUAAGCUGUAUCAUUAUUUACUCAAACACUACUUCACCUUUUGUUGUUUCUCUGUAUUUCUCUCUAAUCAGAUUAGCAUAAAAUAUUUACAUGGGGAAAAAGAUUUGCUUAAAAUUGUAUUACCUUUCUACAUGACUGUAUUUCAGAGUAUUGUCACUUGAUCCAAGGUAGUUUUUAAUAAAUGUAUAAUGAUGUUUUUUAUUUUCUUAAUUCAGGAAAUAGUUUUGCUCUAUAUCUUAAUUCAUGUCAUUUUCUGUUACUAGUGCAGAAACUUAGAGAACGUAUUGUAAAGGUGCCUUGCAAAAUAGAAAUAGAGAGGUUUUAGCAUGCAUACCAGUAUAGGAUAUUAGGCAAUAGCUAAGCACACCCAAUUACCAAAUUAAUACCAGUAUAGAUACUGCUGCUGGAAUGAAGAAAAUGGAUUAUUUUAAUUUUUUUCCUAUUAUUAUGUAAUUACCAUGUGGACUAGAUUAUACUUAUUGUGUAGAGUAGCACUUAAGAUUUGACUGUAGAGAAAAUUACUUUAUUCACUGUAUUUAUGUUAGCAUGUUAAUUAAUUGUGUAGACAUUUUGAGACUCCAUCGUCUUCAUUCAUAUCCUACCUGUUGCUUUCUGCCCACAGUAAAAUUGACAUGACCUGUAUAAUGUAUUACUACAGGAUGUAGUUUGAAAAAUGGAUCACUGGUUUCCCAUCCUUUAUUAAAAGGAAAAUCAGUUUCUUAUUUGAAUUAAUUUCUAUACAUUAAAUACUAAAUCUAUUGUUUAUUCUAUGUAAUAUUGAAAAGUAUAAUGCAUUUUCUUUUUUACUGUUUCUGUAUAGUUUGCAAAAUAAAGACUCUUGUAACCAA